CACAACAACUCAAGGGUCAUCUGGCCCAACCACAACCGUCAGUACAUCGGCCACAAGUCCUACCGCAUCUCAAGCAACUACCUCCCAGCAAACAACAGCGACUGCUGGUCCAACCACAACAGGACCAACGCCACUCUCCACCACAAGAGAAACGACUCCUGGAGUUACAACUCAAUCAACUACCCCGGGAGCUACAACUCAAGCUGGGACUGGAAGUACAGCGGUGCCAACAACAGUCACAAGCUUCACUUCAACUCAGAGUGCAACUCAAAGCACAACCAAAGAGACCACGUCUCCAAUCACAAGCCAGGCAUCUACAACUCCUGCAACAGGAACCGCCACAACUCAAUCACAGCACUCUUCACUGGCACAACUACUCAAGGCCCAACCGAGACCACUGCGUCCUUGACUACAGCUGACACGACAACUCAAGGGUCAUCUGGCCCAACCACAACCGUCAGUACAUCGGCCACAAGUCCUACCGCAUCUCAAGCAACUACCUCCCAGCAAACAACAGCGACUGCUGGUCCAACCACAACAGGACCAACGCCACUCUCCACUACCAGCAUAACAACUCCUGAAGGUACAACUCAAUCAACUACCCCGGGAGCUACAACUCAAGCUGGGACUGGAAGUACAGCGGUGCCAACAACAGUCACAAGCUUCACUUCAACUCAGAGUGCAACUCAAAGCACAACCAAAGAGACCACGUCUCCAAUCACAAGCCAGUCAUCUACAACUCCUGCAACAGGAACCGCCACAACUCAAUCCACAGCACUCUUCACUGGCACAACUACUCAAGGCCCAACCGAGACCACUGCGUCCUUGACUACAGCUGACACGACAACUCAAGGGUCAUCUGGCCCAACCACAACCGUCAGUACAUCGGCCGCAAGUCCUACCGCAUCUCAAGCAACUACCUCCCAGCAAACAACAGCGACUGCUGGUCCAACCACAACAGGACCAACGCCACUCUCCACCACAAGAGAAACGACUCCUGGAGGUACAACUCAAUCAACUACCCCGGGAGCUACAACUCAAGCUGGGACUGGAAGUACAGCGGUGCCAACAACAGUCACAAGCUUCACUUCAACUCAGAGUGUAACUCAAAGCACAACCAAAGAGACCACGUCUCCUAUCACAAGCCAGGCAUCUACAACUCCUGCAACAGGAACCGCCACAACUCAAUCCACAGCACUCUUCACUGGCACAACUACUCAAGGCCCAACCGAGACCACUUCUUCAGUGACUACAGCUGACACGACAACUCAAGGGUCAUCUGGCCCUCUAUUUGGCACAUCUUCCUUUACAAGUGACACCACAUCUCGUAUCCAAACUACACAUCUAAUUGGAAUACAGUCAACAUCAACUUUAAGUGAAAUUACAAGUCAGCAAACUCCGUUCUUCACCACAUUGCAGAGUACAGAAGUUAGUCAAGGAACUUACUCUAGGAGUACAUCUUCUCGGCCCGGAGAAAAGACCGACCCAACAAGCACAAUCUAUGGUACAUCUCAGAGUACAGACGAACCCCUUUCCUCCUCUACUUUAACUGACGCUGUUGGGAAGAGCUCCACUCAACCAUCUACAAUUUUCGUAAUAACUGGAGUCAUAGGAAGAAGAUCAACGUACCAAUCCACGUCACUCAGUGCAACAGAUGAAAGUACAACUCUGCCAACAGCACAGGCCAUGACUACAACAGAAAACACACCACCGGCGUCUGCUGACAGUGUCAGCACCACCACCAAAGUCACAAACCAACCAACCCAGACAACAGAUGAUCAGGCGUCGACGGUCUCCACACUAUUUGACAUAUCAGCGUGUCAGCAAGAGGUAGCAAGACUCCAAGCUCAGAACGAGCAGCUUCUACAUAUCAUCUAUGGAACCGCCUCCGUAGCAAGCUUGCUGUUGGUGAUUUCGACCAAGGUUAUCGUUCAGGCGGUGCACAAUCUGUACAAGAAAUGGAAACUGCCGCGCAGCCAAGGGUCUCGGUCGCGACCAUCUACCGAGAGAAGAGUGACACCUGAAGGCAGUGAAGACCAUGAAAUUACGACCAAUAAUGGACAAACCAACGAUGUGGAACAGGGAGUGAAGAAGACUGGCAACGCCUGGCAGCCGGUUCUCCCGCCGGUCCAGCUGGGGUCACGGACCAUAACGUUGCCGGCUCCUCGAAGGGCAUCCGAUGGAGGCUUGUCGCGACCCAAGCUCACCUUCUACCGACGAGGCGGGGUGGUGGUCCCUGCGCCUCCUGGUGGCGCCGGGCCAUUCCCGUCCACGCAAACAUCUCCGCAAGACCUGCCCGAAACUCGGCUGCCCUCAGACGAAACCUUCAUUAGAAGGAAAUCCAAGCAAGGGGACUUGAUUCUGCCUCAGAUACCACCUAACAUCCGAGGCGCGAUCCCUACUGCGGUCAACGCUCUCCUGCCCAUUGCGCAAACUGGAGAAGCUCCCACCACGUCUGUCAUCUCUCCAGAGGAAUCGUUCUUGGCUAUGAAGGCCAAGCAGCAGGAGAACUUGGUACUGCCUAAGCUCCCACUGCCAAGGCGUGGUUCGAUCCCGAUCCGUACUCGAGAACCCCUCCCGUCCGUACAGACAUUAUUGAGCAACGCUGGCCUUUCGCAGGUUCCGAAGAAGACCGAAGAAGAGUUAAGAGGCCCCACGCCGAUCGAGGAAGGCCAGAAUGAGAUUCCUGGCGUCGUCAAUGCCGAGGAACCUUCCUUACCACCCAUACUACGUUCAGAACAAGGCAGGGCUGUCCCGACGUCCACAAAGGAGGGGAACAUACCUGCGGAGGAGAAGACUAAAGAACAGACAGACGAUGAGACAAAACCAAUAAAGGAAAGGCCGGAGACCCAACGAGAAACAACAGACGAGAAAGUGCUACAAGAAGAUGAGGAGGAGGAAACAGACGUGAUCAAAGAAGAGACAGACGAACAGCUGGAAGAAGAAAAGAACAGACUGCAGGACAGGAGGGGAUCUAAGCUGACAGAGGAAGACAAACUACGGAUGGCAGAAAUCCUGAAGGCUCAAACGGAAAGAAGGCAACAGAAAAUGAGGAAGCGAAGAGACAGGCGCAAGAAGAAAGAGGAGGCACAAGUAAACGAAGAGGAAGAAAUAAGAAGAAGGGCAGAAGUGGAAAGACGUAACAGCAUUGUGGAAGAAGACAGGCGCAUCGUGGUGGAAGGGCAGAGGCGUAAGAUCAUGGAAGAAGAGAGAAUAAAAGUUGAAGCCCCGAUCCUCGACGAUUUGGAACCGGCACUAGAACAACACGAUCCUCACGAGCUAGAGACAUAUAUCAGUGCCUUCUACAGCGCUAAACUGACGGAUGACACAGGCCUUCUGAAGGAGACAGAGGGUAUCUACGACGCCAUACAGGCACAACACGAUUUGACGGAGGCAUUUGCGAAACGAGACCUGGUGAAGCUUGAUGAAGCCAUGGCGGCUGCUGAACGGAUUAUCAACACGAACGAAAAUCGGCCUGCCCCACCACCGGUUAGGCCUGGAGGAAUCGACCCUCUAAGAGCCAGGAGGAUAGAGAUGUGGAAGAAGGCGGCUGAGGAGAACAAGAAGGUAACGGACCGCCUGUCACGGCAACUGCACCAAGCUGACAAGAUCAAGCAGCUAGAGAAACUAAGGCGAGAGGUACUUGAUGCAAGUCAAGUUACCAUCUCAGAGAUAAGGAACUACAACCAUCCUCCCCAGAAGGUUCACCAGGUUAUGACGGCUACGUACCUGUUGCUGGGAGUCAAGGAGCGGGAGACAGAGGACUGGCGAAAUGUUCAGGCGCUGAUGGGACACUCGUUGACGAAGAAGAUCCAGCACAUUAACCCGUCGCGAGUGCGGCUACAGACGGCCCUAAGAGCUCAGGAGAUACUCAACAACUUCACUCCCGGGCAGAUCCGUGACGUCAGCGCUGGGGCAGCGUCCUUCUACCAUUGGGCACAAGGGGUGAUACAAGUGGUCAUCAGCAGUCACCAUGCGAAGGCGAAGGUCUAGGGGAGACCAUUCUUCCUGCUUCUGCCAAUUGUCGACUGGAAUCC